CCCUGACGCGGCCCUGGGCGGUGGGGGGCGUGGGGCUGUCCUUCACAGUCCAGCUGUCGCAGGAAAGUUUCGAUGGGGAGCAGGAGAAGAUGUGGGCUGGCUCGCCUGUCGCCUGUGCAGGACAGUGUCGCCUGAACCCAGAAUGUGGGGCCUUCGCUUUCAACGCAACUGAGGUCCCGAACUGCGUGCUGUUCGUGCGCCAGAUGUACUGGGGCAAGUCGGGCCUUAAGGGCCUCUACUACAGGGGCAUGUCGCUGUCCGGCGGCGAUUACCUCUUCCGUCUGCCUCCUCCUGCCUACGACGUUCCCGACAUGUCCCUGGCUAAAUGCCAGGCGAUCGGCCUGCGUCUGGUGCAAGUGCCGACAGUCCUGAAGGACUUGGUGGCGGUUCAGAGUCAGGGUGAUUACUGCUACGACCUCAAGAGGACAUCAGAGACGGCCCCUUUCACCACCAUGACUGGGGAGCCCGUCAACGCCUCGCUGCUUGUCAAUUGGGAUACGUGGAACACAGACGUUACACCGCAGUGCAUCGCGAGUCACUACAAUUGGCCUUAUAGGAUGCAUUGUGCUGACUGGGUCGUCAACUCCGACGCCGCAGUCUGCCAGUACACGUUCUAAAAUUUCUUAGCAUCUCCUUUCGACUUUCUGAAACAUUGAGAGUUUCCCGUUUCUUUUUAUCAUCGCAAUAUUCGAGUCAUGGGAAAAGGAUUCGUUGAACCUGAUAGAGAGAUUCUUACUAGCUUGCACCGGAUGUCUUAACAAAUUUUACUCAGAGCAAUGCCUAUAAUACUAUCCAUUCUGAGACCAAUGUUUACCUUCACAUUGAUAACACAUUUGUGAGAAAUACUUUUAAAAUGUUAAUGAGAUACAGAGGCCACAUACUCACUAAACAGAUAUUCUCCUUAAAAAGUCCUUAAAAAUUGUGCUCUGGCAUCUUCAAAUGAAAGUGUGGUGUGUUUAACCCAACUUGACUAAAAGUUACUUUACUUUUUCGCCUUCGUUAGUGACAAUCUUAUGCUCAGAGAAAUUAUUUAGCAGGGAUAUUCGUGAUGCACUUUUAUUAUUAUAUAUAGACGUACUUUUGGGUCUGUGUGCGUCAUCUUGACCCAGUUUGGCUCGAAAAAGGGUUCAACAGUGCUACGUAGCUCUGGGAUCGUGCUGAGGGUGAGGAAGAGUCUCGUUUUAUGCAACAAUGAUGCGUGCGUAAAAAUUUUUUGCUUCAACCAGCAAUGAUAAUGGUGAUAAGCAAAGAUAAUGGCGAUCCUAUUAUGGAGUCAUGCUAAUUUUCUGCAUCAAAAUUGCAAUUAUCGACGAAAGAACUUUGAUUGUAAACAUCAUCAGUAAUGGCAAGAAAAGUUGAGAACGAUGAUAUUAAGUCGGUAAUCAUCUAAAAUAAUCUGGCAUCACAUGCUAGAAAAAUGGGCUAAAGUGAUAGUGCUGACGUGCAACCAAUUCAAAUAAUUACGUACGGUCAAGGUAGAAGUUUAUUCUGUAGUUUUGAAUUAUGAACUGAGCACAGUUUGCUUAAAUGAUUGCAAUAUAUAAUGAUUUAUUUGUGUGACUAUUUACUGAACACUUAGCCGUUGUGUGUGGCUUACA